AUGUUGCGCAAGUCGCUGCUGUCGUGUUUGUGGUGGGUGGCCUCUUGCCGGAAGUUCGACUUCACGAACGGGCAAGAGCAAUCCUGCCUCAUGCAGCUCGCACCACAGCGCUACCGAGAGUCCAUGCCCGGGUCAAGCUGCUCGAGCGCCUCGUGGACAGAGCAACUGCUCUUGGACCCACGGCGGCCAAUUGUGCCAAAGGGUGGCGGCCACCAGACAUCCGCGGUGCUGAGGGGCAACUUUGCCUUGACGGCUUGGAGCCAGGUAGACACAGGGCUUUCUCCAGAGCCCCGGGCCGCCAUCCUCAUAUACAGCAGGGACCACUCCGGGUGGCACCUGAACGCCAACCUUACGGCUCUGGCAUCGUGGAACGCUACAGCGGGCCCGACAUGGGCAAAUGCUGAUCUGGGUGCAGACAUCGUGAUCGCCUAUAACGUUCGUGACCCUCCCCCGACAGUCUACACCUGGGCCUACACUGGGACGUCCUGGAGCUUCGUGAACCAUGAACAGUUCCCUGAAGGUAGCGGCUGCUCCCAUGGUUGCCUUCAGCUGGGGGGACCUCGCCUGGUGUUUAGAUCGGCUUCGGGGCUUCUACAAACCUUCCAGCGUCAGGGGAUGAGUUGGUCCCGACUGCCUUCCGCAGAUCUCACAAGCCCGACGACCAUUAUCCCGCCCCGAUUUGCAGUCGACGAAGAGCACCUCGUCCUCGCCACCGUGAAUUUCGUUGCCAGCCCGCCCAACAUAGUCAGCACUGUUUACAUGUAUGAGUGGGCAGGCAGCUCGUGGAGUGGGCCGGUUGCGAACUUUACUCCCUUUGCUUCCCCGCCUGGAUGGCUACUCUCGAAGCUGGCAGUGGAGGGCAACUACGCACUGGCGGUCCUCAAUGACGGAUCGGCGAGCCAUACUGCAGUCGUCUACGAACGCCGCAACGGCUCGUGGGCGGAGGUCUAUCGCCAAGAGGUCGCGCCCGCAAAUGUACCGUCCGCUUUCUGCCAAGAUGCAGAUAUUUCCAGCUCUGGCAAAGCAAUAGUGGCAGUUGGCGUGGUCGAAGCAUCUGGAAUGCCUCGUGUGAUGCACAUCAGCUUCUUCGAGAAAGGUGCCGAUGAUCUUUGGGGUCCAGCGCAGACGCUGUUCGUCAACAGCACUGUGGAUGACUAUCAAGUGGGCAUUUCUGCAUCAGCCGCAGUCCUGACUGGCUUUGUGUCCGAUGUUCCAGGACGAUUCGUAAAUGUGACGGCCACUGGCAGCAUCAUCGGAUGCAACGCGCCCGAGCCAACGACCCCGAGCCCGUCGUACAGUUACUCCUACUCCCGUCACUUUCGACGCUACCGACGCUGCCCAAAGUGGUGUGCUGCGCCACAUCUGCGCCGCUUCACGCGCAGGAUGUUCUUUUGGAGGAGGUGUGGACGCUGCAAGGCCUGA